AUGUCAAGAGAAUGGCUGCAUACAUCAGCGGUUAUCGCUGUGAUAUGCAUUGUCAUAUUUCUGAGGGGUCUUGUCAGAGCUCUGCCAGAUUUCACUAUGAAUCCUCCAGUGAGAUAUCGGCUACGAAUCAAUAAUGCUAUGAAGAGACUGGAGUCGGACCCUACAAAAAACGUCAAGCUUGAUUUUAGUUGGAAACAUGGCUCAGUAAGGCGACAGAUGAUUUUGGCAAGUGCCAAACCAAGCGAAUAUACCAAUGGAGUAACCUCAUCGAAUAGAAUAUCAAUUGGCCAAACUGACAAAGGCAAUCGAGAAAGCUUUGUUAAUAGACUUAUCCCACAAGUGAGAAAGAAUAGGAAAGUAUUAUUUGGAUUCUUUCAUCCCUAUUGUAAUGCUGGCGGAGGCGGUGAGAAGGUGCUUUGGAAAGCAGUGGAGUCAACGCUAUCAAAAGACAGUAGGAAUGUAGCGAUAAUCUACACUGGAGACACUGAUGCUUCCAAACAGGAGAUUCUGAAUAACGUUUUAAAGCGGUUUGACUACGAGUUGGAUAAGGAUAGAGUGGUAUUCAUAUAUUUGAAGAACAGGAAAUACGUCGACAGUAAGAUGUGGCCUCGUUUUACUCUCAUCGGACAAGCUCUUGGUUCAAUACUGUUGACAAUCGAGGCAAUUUACAGGUGUCCUCCGGAUGUGUGGUGUGAUACCAUGGGUUACCCAUUUGGAUAUCCAGCCGUCCACUAUCUCGCCCGCAUUCCUAUCGUCACUUAUACUCACUACCCAGUCAUCUCAUCUGAUAUGUUACAGAAGCUUCAGAACAUGAACAAAUCAUUAAAGACAACUAUCAAGUACUGGUAUUGGAAGUUAUUCAUGCUAUGGUACAAGUAUGUGGGUACUUUCGUUGACAUCGCAACAACCAACUCAACAUGGACUAAUAAUCAUAUGAAGCAGAUUUGGAAAAGUUGCGAACCAGUUAUCAUUUAUCCGCCAUGCUCAACUGAAAAGCUUAUAGUGCAAGAUGAACAGUGGGAUAGAAAAAAUCAAGCAAUUGUGCUUGCUCAAUUUAGACCUGAAAAAAGGCACGAGCUUAUUUUACAAUCCUAUUCUCAAUUUCUGGAGAUAGCAGGUGAUAUCUCUCACGCCCCAAAACUAAUUCUAAUAGGGUCAACAAGGUCACAAGCUGAUAGGGACUAUGUCAAUCACCUUCGCGAAUGGUCUUCGACAGAUCUUAAAAUUCCCUCGAAUUUAGUGGAGUUCCAAACAGACUGUUCCUACGAAAAGAUAAAAGUCUACUUACGCGAAUCAUCUUAUGGUAUAAAUGCAAUGUGGAAUGAGCAUUUUGGUAUUGCAGUGGUAGAAUACGCCGCCUCUGGUCUGAUACCUUUAGUACAUGCGUCUGCUGGGCCUCUCCUAGAUAUCGUGGUUCCUUGGGAUACACAGCAGAGAAAACAGGUAGAGAAAAGUACUACAGAAUCAAGAACAGGCUUUUUUUUCAAGGACAAGAGUGAUCCUGAUUAUGAUAAAGCCCACGACGGCGAAAAGUACCCAACCUUAAGCGAACUAUUUGUGACUGCUGUUAAUCUGACCGAUAAUGAGAAGCUUUCGAUAUCCAAGCGUGGUAGAGAAUGUGUUCUCUUCAAGUUCUCAGAUCUCAAAUUUCAUCAGGACUGGGAUCAAGUCUUGGUUCAGCUGGAUGGUAUCUUACAUAGCUUGGAAAAUUAA